AUGCACGCACCUUCGCCAGGCAGCACGCGAACUUCGUGUAAUCUACGUCAAACUCCGAAGAAUAAGAAGAAGAAGAAGAAGAAGAAGAAGAAGAACAUAUCCUCAUCCGCCGGCGUCAGUCGCAUCGAAGCCAAAAACCUCCCCCCCGGAUCCUCUCGUCGGCAUAGUUGGGCGUGGCGUGGCCUACCCAGUCCAGAUGUCGCACUCAAGCCCCCCAAAUGCACACGAUCUGUCCAAGGCCAGAGGAGCGCCGCCGACGAUGGCUUCGUCUCCAAACCAGUACCAAGACUAUCAACUCUCCCCAUCCCUCCGGAAGCUCUCCCUCAGCCGCGCCGCCUCUCCAUCACCAAGUCUCGCACUCACUCGCGCUCUUCGACACCGACACUGCUUCGGAAAGCCUCGAUGAACUCCCAGCAUGGCGUGGGUGGCGCCAGCGUGACACCUUCGCGAAAUUCUUCCUCCUCGCGCCAAUCCACCGGCGCGCAGUUCACCAACGCUUCUGCCCUGGUGGGCAAGUCCCCCCUCUCCGAGAUCGAGGACCAGGUGCCAGCGCCCCCAAAAUAUACCGCGGCGAGCAUUGCAAGCAAUCACUUCAAGGAGGAGCUGGACUUGCAUGAGAAGGGAGAGGAUACGAGGUCUGCGGACACAAUCGUAAUAUUACACGAUGCUGUCUAUGGCCACCGAUAUUCGAGGCCGCGAACAUCCAAGGCGAGCCUGAGCACGAUUGUGGAGAGGCCAGAGAGGAUACAUGCGAGCAUUCUGGGACUAUCGGCAGCAUAUGUAUGUCUGGGGGAGCGGCACGCGGACGGGCAGUUUCCACUGCACCCAGAUAGGGAUGUCUCUUCGAUGCCCAGCCUGCCGUUUUGCAUUCGCAAGACCACGCGCAAAAUGACCAUCUCUUCGCAGGCGGUUACGAAUGUGCACGGGGCCAAGUGGAUGGAGGAGCUGAAGAUCAUGUGCGACAGUGCAGAGAGCAGACUGGCUAUGAAUGGGAAGGAGUUGACGAGACCUAAUAUGAAUCGGAGUCCCGAUGAGAAGGUGCCGGAGAAGCUUCAUGAAGGUGAUCUUUACCUGUGCGCGGAGUCGCUGGAUGCCAUGGAGGGAGCUUUGGGCGCUGUGUGUGAGGGUGUGGAUGCCGUUUUCCAGGGUUCUGCGAGUGGAAAGGGACCGUUCAGGACAUUUGUUGCGAUUCGGCCUCCUGGGCAUCAUUGCUCGGCGAGCUACCCUUCUGGCUUCUGCUGGUUAAAUAAUGUGCAUGUGGGCAUCUCUUACGCGGCAUUAAGCCAUGGUCUGACCCAUGCGGCGAUCAUCGACUUUGAUCUUCACCAUGGAGAUGGAUCGCAAGCUAUUGCGUGGGAAAGCAACAGGCGCGCCACAUCUGCUCCAAAGAAUGCGCAUCAGUGGAAGAAGACCUCGAUCGGAUAUUUCAGUCUUCACGAUAUCAACUCUUACCCCUGUGAGGUGGGCGACGAGGAGAAGGUCAAGAACGCCAGUCUUUGCAUUGAGAACGCUCAUGGUCAGAGCAUCUGGAAUGUCCACUUACAGCCGUGGAAGAGUGAGAACGAAUUCUGGGAACUGUACGAGACGAAGUAUUCGAUUCUUCUGGAGAAGACUAAGAGCUAUCUGCGGACACAGACGGAUCGCCUACGAUCAAUGCCCCAUGGACCGAAGCCCAGGGGGGCCAUCUUCUUAUCUGCCGGAUUCGAUGCAAGUGAAUGGGAGAGUUCGGGGAUGCAACGCCACAAGGUCAAUGUGCCUACGGAGUUUUACGCGCGCUUGACCAGGGAUGUUGUCGAGCUGGCUGGUGAAGAAGGUCUCGCGGUUGAUGGUCGAAUUAUCAGUGUUCUCGAAGGAGGCUAUAGUGAUCGAGCUCUGUGCACCGGUGUGCUAAGUCAUCUGAGUGGUAUGUCUGCUGGCGACCCCAUGGUUAUUAGUAAGGAACGCAGUCCGACAGGGCUUGGACAUGAAAUGAGCACGAAGAUUGGCACCUUCGAUGGAAAGAUUGCCCCGGAGACUUCGACUGCAGGUUCACAAGUCCAGGAUUACGAUCCCUCAUGGUGGUCUGUAGCUCGACUCGAGCAACUUGAUGCUGUGGUCCAUCAAGGACCGAUUCCCUCAGAGCCCAGGAGGCCACGAUACGCUCCGGCACCGACAUAUUCGUCCCCGACCCAAUCUUUUAUCGCCAAAGUGUCCUCUCCGUCGGCCAGAAAAAACGUUGCCAACAUGGGCGUGCGAAAUGGGUCUCCUCGUGCCCCCUUGAGGGCACCAUCUCCGCCCCCUCCAGAGGUCGACUGGGCGGUAGCUGCCCAUGAACUAAGUAAACUUCUCAUUCCAACCGACAGACAGACUAUGAGCUGCAGGCAAGAAGAUCUGUCUGCAGAAGCCACUCGUGCCAGGCGAGACCGGCAAUCUGUCAUGACACCACCCACCACGGCCGAGCCUGUGGAGACGUCAACUGGUAGAAUGGCUUUGAGGGCGAGAAAGCCUGCGAAGCCGCUUGUUGAGAGCGACGAGGAUGGGGUCAAGAAGCCUGUCGCGAAGGCCAGCCGUCGGAAGACUGUUGCUGGGGCCGCUCUUCUUGCCGGUAGUACUGCGCCAUCAAGGAGCACAACCCCGAUGCCAGACUAUACCAAACCCACCGCUCAAUCCAGCCGUCGGCUCAGCUUAUCUUCCAAUGCUGGAUCUGUGAUUUCGGAGGUACCACCGCGUAAGAACGGCUACAGAGUAGCAUCUAACGGAAGACUGUCAACGCGGCCCGGAACUGCUCAAAGUGUCCGACCAGAAUCUUCCAUGAGCGUGCGCGGCCAAUCUGCUGCGCCAACUGCGGUCAAGAAGACGAGAGCACCGGUUCAGCCUAGGGAGGCCCCCAAGGUUUCGCGCGUUCGCAGAAAAUCGCCACUCAAUAAUAGUGGCGUAGCGCCUACCUCGGAUAUUGACAGUCUGACCUCGGGAAUGAAAAAAGUGAAGAUCAGUCUGACGACCAAAGCGCAGCGAGAGGCAAAGGCAGCAGCUGCGAAGCCUGCAGCCCCCAAAUCUCCAAGACCAGCGCCGUCGACGAAAGAAGUUGCAACACCUCCGCGGCAAUCUGCAGCUUCAUCAACAGCUGGUGAUGUGACCCCCGCUCCACCACAGCCUGAGCCGGUAGCAGCGUCUACUCCUAAACUACCAUCAACACCUCGACCUCCAGUCCCAACAGACCUUCAGAAACCAGCUCGGGUUUCUCUCACGGCCUCUUCGCCUCUUUCGCCGCCUGUGCCGCAUAACGGUAGCAACGCGUCCUGCCCUGCAAAGCCCAUCCAGCCUUCUUCUGCUGCCGCCCCUGAUGUCUUUAUUCCCUAUCAACCCAAAGGUCCUCUGCCUCUGGCGCUGGCGGCGCAAGAACAUCCCCUGCAGUGGUUAGAGCCCAACACUAAUACGCCGAGUCCAAUGAAGGUGGGCCAGAAAAAGGGAAAUAACUUGCCGGUCUUCACGAGUACUAGUGCGAUUCCAUUCGGAUUUCCAAAUCCAAAUGGCGUGAAGAAGCAGAGGGAAUUGAAUGGGAUUAGUAAGGGGGACAGAAUGGAGGGGAUUGUAAAGAGCGAGGAGAUGAAGAAGUAG